UUAGCAUCUUGGGGGAGCCCCCAUUAGGAAAAUGAUAAAGAAUGCGAACACUUUUAUGGGUGCAGAGUUUCUUGAUCUCAUACGUGCCCUUCAUGUCUUGCUGUUCGCGAAGAGGUUAUUUGCUGAUCCCAUCAUGCUGGUGUAGUUAGGUAAUCUAUAUUGCAACCGAUGGAUGCAACACUUGCGAAUAAUUGUAUUCUCUUCUGUCCGCUACUUCAUAAACAAACAAUAUAAACUUCCAUAAAUAUGAUCUAACCGUCAGAUUUCAAACUUAUACUUACAUUGCGUGGGAAUCUUGUAUAUUACUGUCCCCAUGAUGUUAACUUUGGUCGAAAUAAAGAUUCAGAAUCUAAAUAUCAUCGUGGAAAAAUUUGAUGAUUAUAGAAUUCAACAAAUCAUCAUCAGAUACUUUCAAGUGUAGAGUGUAAGCCAACAAAAGUAUCAAAUAAGGAAAAGCUUCAAAUGGCGUGAAGCAAAGAACAAACAUAGCUUUGUUAUAUAGAAAAAGAAUCUGUAAAACUUUGGUUUUAGGAUUUUUGUUAGUUAAGAAGAGAAUUGAAGCGAGUUGUUGAUAAGAAGAAGUAGCAAAUCUGGGGAAGUCAGCAGGAGAAUUGUUUGUGGGUAUAUUUGAUUGUAUCCAUGACAUUACAAUUGCCUUGGAUUUGUAUACUAGAAUGAAAGAUUCUGCUGCUUACAGAGUUAAAACCAUGUCUCGUAUUGCUCAAUGGAAGAUUGAAAACAUUUCUUCUAAUUAUGCUUAUAUGAAAUCAGAUCCGUUCAAGCUUGGAAACUGGAAUUGGCAUAUAUCAGUGGAGAAGAAUCGAAUGCUGUUUAUAAAACUACAUCCGGAGAUAUCAAAUGUAACAAGAGAUCAUCCUCCUAUUGCUUCAUUUGUUAUCCGAGUCAUUUGUUACGCCGACAAUCGAACUGUUUUGGUUCAUCCAGAGGUAACGGAUAAACAACUGAAGAAAAACGACGAUUUUAUUUGGACAAUUGAUUCUUCAUUUACAGGGAAGUUCAUCGUUGAAGUUGAGUUUACUGAUCUCAAGACAACUAGUCCAGACGGAGGUGAACUAUGUUCAAUUUGGGGUGAAGGAUUCAACAAGAAACAGUCCGAUACAAAAGCUCUAGCCGGACUAGCACAAAUGUUAUCCGAAAACAUUCACACUGAUAUCACAAUCAAUACUUCUGACGGAAAACUUGGUGCUCAUCGUGCUGUUCUUGCUGCACGGUCACCUGUUUUUCGUAGUAUGUUCUCACAUAAUUUAAAAGAGACUGAAUUAUCAAGCGUAGAUAUUUCAGAUAUGUCCAUGGAAACUUGUCAAGCUUUCUUAAACUACAUUUAUGGAAGUAUCGAUGAUGAGGAGUUCCUUAGUAAUAGGCUUGCGCUUCUUCAUGCUGCGGAUAAGUACGAUGUCUCUGAACUUAAAGAAUCUUGUCAUGAUAGUCUUGUACAGGAUAUUAAUACGGAGAAUGUACUUGACCGAAUACAAAUUGCAAACCUGUAUCAAUUGCCGAUACUGAAGGGUACUUGUAUGAGGUAUCUAGUGAAGUUCGGCAAAAUAUUUGACAUCCGUGAUGAAUUCACCGAUUUUCUUAUAUGUAGAGAUAGGGAACUCAUAGCUGAUAUUUUCCAUGAAGUUCUCAAUAGUUGGAAAGGUUUCUGAAGUUCUCAAAACAAUGAAAUAUCAAAGAUGCUUAAAUAUAAAUACAGGUUGCUCUUUUGUGCAAGAUUUGGCUCCAAUUCACCGGGAACCUUUUUCUGUUUAUAUUUUUUAUUCCAAAUUUAGGAUAAAUUUCAUUCCUUUGUAAAUUUAGAUUUGAAAAAAGAAGAAAAAUCGUGUACAUAGCUUGUAUGGGUGCUCUUGGAUUCUAUCAAAAUGUAAAUGCCGCUCCUAUUUGGCUAUUGUACAAUCGUAUUUCUCUACACCAAGCAAUGCUGUUAAACUAA